UCCGCAAAAUAUGUUCGAGUGUUCGCACGGUUCCUGUGUGACGGGAUAACACCCCUCGUUUUUGCCGUUCGACCGUCGCGACGCCCCGCACCAUAGAGCCGAGACACUCGUUAACCGUAACGCCGAUGUGUCAGCACCGCCGAUGCCACAGUGGACUGGCCAGUUACGUUUUUCGGUCAACGCAGUGAUCUAUUUUUUUAUAUUGAAAGAAUGAGUGCCUAUGGAUACCGUCGCAGCAAGGCAACAUGACAAAGGACGUAAUAGACGUAGAGAAGCGGACAUGACAUAAGACCAAUCAUGUCAUCAAAUGAGAAAACAGCAAGAAGUCUCGCUUUGGAGCAAACAUACGUCCAUGAAGUCUACGAACAACUCGAUCCGGAAGGACUUCACAAUGAACCGUGGCCAAAAGUAGCAAAUUUUUUAGAGGAACUCGAACCUGGCUCCAUAGUAUGUGAUAUAGGAUGUGGUAACGGAAAAUAUCUCAAUAUUAAUAAAUCAAUAUUUAACAUUGGGGCUGAACGGUCUUUCAAAUUAAGUAAUAUCGUUAGAGAAAAACAAAAUGAGGUUAUAAUACUAGAUAAUUUAUCUUUGCCUUUUCGCGACGAGAGUUUAGAUGCAGUUAUUUCCAUUGCUGUGAUUCACCAUUUUGCUUCAACGGAGCGACGAGUAUGUGCCCUUCAAGAACUAUCUAGAGUACUUAGGAUAGGUGGAAAACUUAUUAUAUCGGCCUGGGCUAUGGAACAGAGCCACAGAAAAUUCGAAACCCAAGACGUUUUAGUACCGUGGCAUUUGCCAAAACAGAUGAUAAACACCAAUUUUAGGAUGAAUAAGGAAAUAUCCGACUAUGAUGUGUUGAGUGUGUACAAUGCCACAUACUAUAAUGCUAAUGAAGGACCAACCAAAAACUCUAGGUCGAAGGAACUGAUGAAAAAACGAAAUAGGUUUAAGAAAAGAAAGUCCAACGAUUCCGAUUCGCUCAGCACGUCUGAGACUUGCUACAGUUUCCUGCGACGGGCUCUACAAAAAUUGUCCGGGGGAAGACGCCUUGGAGUGAACAGGCCGUGGUUUUUGGAUAACUGGACAAACUGCACCAGAGUGAAUCAGCAAAAGAAAUACGACAAUGACAUGUGCGAUUGUUACGACUGCCUGGAGAACAUUCGAGAUCUACCAAUAGAACUGCGACGAAUCGACGACGCCGACGUAGAACUAGACAGGAAAUUAACAUCCUCGACAAUGUCGUCCUUCAACGACGUCUCCAUCAAAUCGAAAUCGGUCUCGAAUUUGAGACUGAACGAUACCGAAUGCAGAACUGUUUCGAAACAGUCCAGCGUGGACGAAGAGGGCAAAUCGCAGACCGAAGACGUCAGCGUUUCGAGCACGAACUCAUUGAAGAAACCGAAGCUGGUUAAACAGAAAAAGAGUAUCUGCGAUGAUGACAUGGAUGAAUUGUUAGACGAACCGAAAGACAUGAACAGUUCGUCAAACAGUCCGCCCGAAUACAAAGUGUUACAUGAUAAGUAUCAUCAGAAAGCUAGAGGUAGUGUUUUAAAGCAAAGAUCUUUAAAUGAAGAGCUUAUGUCUACUGAAAGAUUGAAGGAAAAAGAACAAUUAAAGAAGAACAUCCAAAAACAAGCUUCGUUGAAUGAAGAGUACAUUACGCAAAGACAUGUUUUUGACUCGUUAAAAGAUUCCUUUUUCACUUCGAAGGGUUUUCAUUUUAUUAAAAUGGAAUUUACUAAUAAGAUUAAAAAUUCCACCACGAAUAUUGAGAAAGUUGCAGGCUCAUCUUUGAAGAACGGUUUUGUUAGAAUAUUCCAGAAUUGGAAGAAUAGCGAUCUAAUUAGUCCAACGAUCCCCGAAAACGCAUCAAUGGACAAUUUUCGCAAGAAAUUGCCCUACAUUGAAGAGAAGGUGGCAGAAACUAGCGAAAGAAGAUCAUCUAAAGAAGAAAGCAGCGACAGCAGCAAGGAUAGUUCAUUGCAAAGCGACACCAGCGUGGACAGCGAAGAUUCAUUUGCAUCUGUGAUUUACGUACCGAAAUCGGAGAACAUGUCGCCGAUUUUAUCGCCAGGACCAAUAUCGCCGCGAUGGAAGAACAACACCAACACGAACUUCUUCAGUUCGCUGCCCAAUUCGCCGAAAAUCAAGCAAUCGAGCUGCCCGACCAGUCCCAAGUUCAAACAGCUGCCCCUCGCACUUUAUCCCCUCACGAAGCAAAUGAGCAAUCCGAAACCUGCGACCGACUUUGUAUUUAGUGAGAAGGUUGAGGGUGACUCAUCCAAGCAACCCCCGAAAAGCACAAAAAGACAAAUUGAUAAUACAUUAGCACAAAAGUACGCAGUACAACAAAUUCCGAAAUUCAAAAAAACAGUACUCAAUACUCCAUCAAUGGCGACUAGUGGCAAUCCUAUAACUAACACAACAAAUAGUAAUAGUAACAUUAAUAAUAACAAUAAUAAUAAUAAUAAUAAUAAUAAUACUAAUAAUAAUAACAGUGCUACCAGCAUAAAUAGUAAUAACGUUAAUAGUUCAGAAAUACCUACCAUACAGACUGUUAGUGCGAGUCCUGAACCGAAAGAGUCUCCUGUGGAUUCCAGAAACGAGCGCCUUAAAAAAAUUAGAGAAAUUUUAUCCAAGAAUCCAGAGUUUGGCUCGAAGGCAAAAGACAAAACAUUCCCAAUAGUUAGAAGAAGUUCAAUAGCGAAUGGGAAAGUAGAAGCAGUCGCUAAACCCUUACCCAAGCUCAUGAACAUAGAAUUGUUCAAUCCCGCCGUAGAUGAUUUAGAUAGCGAUUCCAGUUGUAUAUCAUCUCCAGAUUCACUAUCUGAUAAUUAUAGUUUCAUGGGGAUAAAUUGUGACAAACAAUCAGUUGGCCUUCCAGAGAAUUAUGCAAUUUAUGACCCUAGUUAUCCCAUUAAAAAGACUUUAUUAGAAGCAGCUGCAGAUGUAGCGAAUUCAUUGGACCAAACUGUACAAAAAGUUAUUAAGUUCAGCCCUAAGGCUAAGCGAAAAGUAGAAACUAACGAAGUAUUAUCGAUCCUACAUAGAAAGUACGUAGACAACGAAUUGUUAUCAGACAAUUUCAAUUGGCCCGACAAUUGGAACGAGGAAUGUCAUAAGCACUUGACCGAUUUCGCCGAACAAAUUAGUGAGAAGCUCUUAAAGCAAAUCGACCAUUAUCAAGAGAAAAAGGAAUCGAACGAUGAGAUCGACUACAAUGACCCCUAUAUAGUCAGGUUAUCGGAAGAACUGAACAAUUUAUCAAAGAUCAGCAGCGAGAUUCAAAAACAAAACGAAUACCUAAACAAGUUAAGCGUAAAGGACAAUUUGUCAUUCAAUGAGCAGAAACCAUGCGACCAAUGUGAUACAAAAACGGUACACCGCGGUAAUAGCUUACGAGCAACUAGAGUAGAAAAUUGUAAAUGCGAAAAUCGAAGUGAAAGUGAUAUUAAAUAUAAAAGUUCAAACAGCUGUAGUGAUACCGCUACGGGUUUAACGACUUUAAUUAGGGAAUUAGAAACGAAAAAAUGCAGCCUUGACAAUAGUAGCGAAGUUAGUACGAUAAACAACAGUGAUAAUAAUUCCGAGGAGGAACCCCUGCUGAACACAAACCGCGUCGCCAGGAAAUCCUUGACCAAACCCAACAAAUCCACCGAAUACCCAAUUGGUAAGAAAGCUUUAUCGUCUUCGUCGACGUUCAACAAGUCAACGGAUUCGUCGGACAGCUUCGAGUCGGUAAUCUCCAACAAAACUGGUCGCGAGAAGGACAGUUUCGAGGACUUCAAAUCCCAAAAAUCCUGCGACAUCAGUGUGACAAGCAACGAAGGUAGUACUGCCAGCCUUGCGAGCUGUUCCGACUGGAAGAAUUUCAAACCGUCACCGGAAAAACCGACGGAAGUGAAGAGUUCAAGGCUGCAACAGAUAAAAAAGGCUUGCACCGAUUCGCUGGAAGAGUUCGGUGAGAAGUUCAACGUGGAGGACGUGACGGAAAAGUCAAACGAUUCUCUAGAUUCGAUUCAGUCGGAGAAGGGGGGAGAGAUUACAUUCCACAGAUAUUAUCACGUUUUCAGAGAGGGCGAGUUGGAUAGUUUGAUUGAGAAAUACGUUGAAAAUUUACACAUUAUUAGUAGUUAUUAUGAUCAUUCAUCUUGGUGUAUAAUUGCAGAAAAAGUUCAGGUCUGGACGAUUUAAUCUGUUUUAUAACCAUAUUUUUCGAAAUCAAUACCUUAAUAAUUUUCUCUAUUUAUUUAUAUUGUAUAUACGUACAUAAAUAAAAUAGCUUUAUUAUGAUCGAUUAAAAA